GUCACCUUCUCCCUCUUCUACACCACUCUGCUGGUGUUCGGCGCCUGCGGGAACAUCUUGGCCCUCUGCAUCACCUUCCAACGCAGGAAGAAGAAACUCAACUCCACCGAUCUUUACCUGGUGAACCUGGCUCUCUCCGAUGCCCUCUUCACGCUGGCGCUGCCAGGCAGGAUCACUUACUACAUCCUGGAGUUUGACUGGCCCUUUGGGGACUGGUUCUGCCGGGCCACAGCCUUCAUUUUCUACAUGAACACCUAUGUGGGCAUCUACUUCAUGACCUGCGUGAGUGUGGACCGCUACAUCGCCGUGGUGCGCACCAGGCACCCUGGCAGGAUCCGGAAGAUGAGCCGUGCCAGGGGCAUCUGCGUCCUCAUCUGGUCCUUGGUGUUCCUGCAGACGGCACCGUUGCUUCUGCGGCCCAUGACGCGAAGGAUGGGAGACAAGCUGACGUGCAUGGAGUACUUCAACUUUGAGGAGAUUCCCAAGCUGCCCUAUCUGCUCCUGGGGGCCUGCGUGCUCGGCUUCUUCCUGCCCGUGGGCAUCAUCUUGGUGUGCUAUGUGAGGAUCAACCUCAAGCUCUGCCAGACGGCCAAGGAGAACCCGCUGACAGUGAAGAAUGGGCACCACCGCCGGGCCUUCACAGUCAUCCUGGUGGUGCUUCUGGCCGUUCUGCUCUGCUUCAGUCCCUACCACCUCAACAUCGUCCAGUUCAUCUGCUCCCAGCCGUCCUGCCGCGAGCAGCAAGCCUUCAAGAUGUCCCUGCAAGUCACCGUGGCAUUCAUGAACUUCAACUGCUGCAUUGACCCCAUCAUCUACUUCUUUGCCUUUCGAGGCUACAAGCGGAGGCUGCUCCGCAUCUUCAGGAACAGCGGCUCAACGGCCACCUCCUCCACUGCCAAGACCCCCUCCGAAAGCAACAGCAACAGCCAGCCACCCGGCUCUGUCUCUGUCUAG